AUUUCGUCAAAAACACAUUCGGUCUUAAAUGAGAUUGUACUGCGCAUGCGUCGAAUCAGUGUGCUGCAUGCUGUCGGAAUGACAACAUGUCGUUUCAGUAGUCUAUUUUUGUAAACGAAGUUUACAAGGUUUAUUUCAAGGUUUUUAAAGGUAUCAAGUAUUUCGAGGAAAUACAAAAUUUGUAAAGUUUAUUUUAUCGAACGAGGUUCGAUUUUCUGUUGUAAGACGUUGUUUAUCGGAAAAAAUUGUGUUUGUAACACGUGGUGUUGCAUUUAGGAUAAUUUCAAUAUGGCGGAGAAUUUUCCCGACGGUGAGUUAAAUUUGAAAUUAACUGGAAGUUCGAAAGAUAGAAGUUCUGAACGUGGUUCAGAACGGUCAAGCAAAAACUCUAAGGGGUCUAGUGCUCCAAAUAAGAAAGUGACUGUGUCGGCGAAAAUUGAUGAUAGGCCGUCGUCGGGGAUGUCCUCGGCGGUCGUGGAAACAGGUGACAGAAUGUUAUCUAUUCUACAAGAAAUCCAGAAUUCCAUUAAGGAACAGGAUAAUAAACUAAUGACAGUGACAAGUCGUUUAGAUGGUUUGGAACGGAGUUACGAUUAUGAGGGUGAUGAAGACUAUUUUGACUACCCUCCUUUCUCGGGAGAUAUGUGUAGGCAGGACGAAAAUGAAAAUCAGAGUGUAGCUUCUGCAGGGGGAUCAAAACGUAAAAGUGAAAGUAGGUUUUCAUCUAUGGCAAAACAUUUCAAACGACAAGAGGUUUGUGACGAAAGUAUCGAUGAUACUUUGGCCGAAAAUGUGCAUGACUUGUUUAGAAAUGGUAUUGAGGAGGAAAGGUAUUCAGAACUGGUGAAAGAUGAGAUAAACUGUAGACCUGAAAAUUGUGAGUCUUUGGUUGUUGUGAAAACAAAUCCAUGCAUUUGGGAUGGAAUCUCCCAAAACAACUCGUACCAAUAUGAUAAAAAAUUGCAAAACAUAGAAACUUCUGUGGUUAAAGCAGGUACGAUCUUGGCAAAGGCAGUAAAUAAGAUGGCUGUUUUGGAACAAGAACAUGAAAAAUAUGGCGAGUUAAUCGAAAAUUGCAAUGAUGUGUUAGCUUUGUUGGGACACUCAAACAAACAGAUAAAUAUGUUCCGUAGGGACUUGAUGAAGCCAGAAAUAAAAUCAGAGUAUUCACAUUUGUGUAAUCAUUCACUGCCUUUCACAAAGGAACUUUUUGGGGAUGAUAUUUCGAAAACAACGAAAGAGAUUGAGGACUGUGCAAAAAUAAGUAAUAAAAUCCGAGGAGGAUUUAGAGGUCGUCCUAGUUUCAGGGGAUCUUAUAGAGGCAGAUUUCCGACAAGGAAUUUCAGUCGGGGACGAGGUUUGUUCCACGCACAGGCUGAUACAAAAAACUACCCUCGUCGGAGAGGAACAGGGAAAGUUCGAAUGUAGAUGAGUUUGCUGGGACGCUGUAUUCAGAAGAUAACUAUAGACAUGGCAAGUUGCAUAGUAAUUGUUCCACUGUGGCCAACCCAGCCGUGGUUCACACCACUGAUGAAAUUGUUAGUACAGAAACCGUUGAUUCUACCGUCACAAAGGGAUCUAUUGGCACUCCCGCAAGGAAACAAGGCUCAUCCUCUGUGGAGGAAAAUGAUUCUAAUUGCAUGUCUUGUGUCAGGAAGAUCUUCAGACAGCGAGGCUUUUCUAAGGAAGCAGCCAGAAUCUUCAUGUGUUCUUGGAAAUCAGGAACUAAAAGACAAUAUCAAAUGUAUAUAUCAAGAUGGUUACAGUACUGUCGUGGAGAAAAAAUUAGUGAAAUUUCAAUUACUGUAGUGAAUGUUAUUGAAUUUUUAACCAUUUUGUUUACAAAUGGUUUGGGUUAUAGCGCAAUAAACACUGCAAGAGGAGCCUUAUCAGCUUUUGGAUUGGUAGUAGAUGGUUAUCAUGUUGGUUCACAUCCUGAUGUUACUAGAUUUAUGAAAGGAAUAUUUAAUUUAAGACCAACAAAACCAAAAUAUGUUAAUACUUGGGAUGUUAACCUUGUGUUGAACUAUCUGCGGAAAUUAAGUCCAGUGAAACACUUGUCAUUAAAAGAACUAACAUUGAAACUUGUCAUGCUUAUAGCUAUCACGAAUGCAGCAAGAGCACAGACAGUGCAUUUAUUGUCUAUAAAUAAUAUGAACAAGUCAAGUUCACAGUUUGUAUUUAAAUUUGAUUCUUUGCUAAAACAGAGCCGGCCAGGAGCUGAUUUUUCUGUGUUUGUUCUGAAAGCUUACCCUCCAGACAGGAGGCUUUGUGUAUAUACAGUGCUAAAAGAAUAUUUAAAGAGAACUAAAGUAAUACGAGAUCAACAUAAGAAAUUAUUGAUAAGCUAUAUAAAACCAUAUGCACCAGUUACCCGUGAUACUGUGUCAAGAUGGAUAAAGACAGUCAUGUUUAGGUCAGGCGUUAACACAGAUGUUUUUACACCUCAUAGUGUUCGAGGAGCAUCUUUGUCAAAGGCUAAAUUUAACGCAGUUCCUGUACAAGCUAUUCUACAUAAAGCUGGAUGGUCAAAUUGUAAAACAUUUUCAGAAUUCUAUGACAGGGAAGUAGCACCAGGCAUUUCCUUUGAAGAAGGAGUCCUGAAAUAAGGUUUGGUUUAUUUUGACAUUAUUGAGCUUUAAACUUCUCAUUUAAGACCGAAUGUGUUUUUGACGAAAUAGAAUUGAAAAAUUAAACGAGACUUACCUUGGUUAAGUCGAUGUUUGAUGGAAAUUCUAUGAGUCAAAUGAACACUUGAGGGAUUAAAUGCCCUCCACUCCCAUCCCAUGUAUGAGGUGGAAUAAUGUGUUCAUUUUGACUGAAAUUGAAAUCGAAGAUUUCAACCAUUUUCAAUAAUGCCAAAAUGGUUACUUUAAAGACUGAUUCGACGCAUGCGCAGUACAAUCUCAUUUAAUCCCUCAAGUGUUCAUUUGACUCAUAGAAUUUCCAUCAAACAUCGACUUAACCAAGGUAAGUCUCGUUUAAUUUUUCAAUUUUACUGUAUAUAUGUCAGAUGAUGUGAAGCUGCAAAUUUUGCAUUCAUACUAAUUUUCAUCAAACAAUUAUCCAUUAAAUGCCUUUCAGUGGUUGCAAAGUUUACUCACAGCAAAUUUUGAAUACAAUAUUCAAGUGGUGCAUAAGAAAAAAUUAUUUAAAGUUGUUGUUUUUUUACAUCUUUACCUAUGGUGGCCUCUAAAAGGGACCAAGUGGAACCAUCUGAACAAAACUGAGAGAGGACUUGUAUAUGGAUGCUACAUACCAAGUUUGGUAAAGUCAAUCCAGUGGUUCACGAAAGGUUGUUUAAAGGAAUUUUUUUUUUUUUUAGCUCUGGCAGCCCCUUAAAGGGGCCAACCAGAAACAUAUGAACAAACUAGAAAAAUUGGUGAUCUAUCAUUGCGGUUCAUGAGAAGUUAUUCAAAUGUUUUCCAAUUUUUAUCUAGAAGCCAAGCAGGACUGUUUGAACAAAUUCAAAAGGACCAUAAAAAGCGCCUACAAACCAAGUUUGGAGAAGAUCCAUCAAGUUAUGAGAAAAAGUUGUUUUAAUGUAUUUUUAGCUUCUGAAAACUUCUUUAAAAGGGGCCAAGAAGAACCAUUUGAACAAACUUGAGAGAAGAAGCUAUAGGACAAGUAUGGUGGAGAUCCAUCAAGUGGUUCACGAGAAGAAUCCAUUUAAAUGGGUUUUUUUCCUAUUUUUAAGUUCUCACAGCCCCUUUUGAAGCCAAACCAUUUAAACAGAUUUGAGCGAGGUCUUUUUAAGCGUGCUAUAGGACAAGUUUGGUGACUAUCCAUCAAGCAGUUAAAGAGAAGUUUUUUAAAAGGCUUUUUUUUUAUUUUUAAAUUGGGUAGUCCCUUAAAGUGGCCAAGCAAAACCAUCUAAAUAUAUUUGAGGAAGGACCAUAAUAUAAAGAUACUACAGACAAUUUUGGUGAAGAUCCAUCUCAAGGUUCAUGAGAAAAAGUUAUUUGAAUAUUUUUCUAUUUUUAGCACUAGCAGCCCCUAAAAAGGACCAACCCAAACCAACUGUACAAAAGUAGGGAAGUGCACACAAGUACGCAAUAGAACAAGUUUGGCGGAGAUCCAUCAAGUGGUUCCAGAGUUCAUACAGGAACAAUUUUCAGAACUUUUUAUUAAUAAGGACUUUUUUCUUAUUUUUCAAGACUUCUAGAAGAUCUCUGUUGAUUUUGGGGCGAGUUGCAAAAUAGUCAUGGUCACAAGUCGAAUUAAUUUCUGUCCCAAUUUUCAAAGUAAUUUGGCAGAAUUUCUUUUUAUACCUGUUUGUGUUGUAAAACUCUAGUGAGCGAUACAGAACCAUCAUGGUCCUCUAGUUUAUCAAAAUAUCUUUUUCUCACAGUGUAAGAAAAUGAGUCAGUCAAAAGUCAAAAAAUGAAAUAAUUCUUGUCUGGGCUUAACUCUGCCAUCCAUAAAGGGAUUUUGAAAUAACUUGGCAUAAAUGUUCACCUAAUGUGACGGUACAUCAUGCGCAAGACCCAGACCCCUAGCUCCAAGGUCAAGGGUUAACAGGGUCUGUUUUGUGUCCGGUUCAUAACUGCAAUUCAUCAAGGGAAUUUGAAAUUACUUGGCAUAAAUGUUCCCUAUGAGACGAUGUGUCAUGAGCAAGACCCAGACCCCUAGCUCCAAGGUAAAGGUCACACUUAGAAGUCAAACGUUAACAUGGUCUGUUUCUUGUCUGGUCCAUAACUCUGUCAUUUAUCGAGGGAUUUUAAAAUUACUUGGCACAAAUGUUCCCCAUAGUGAGUUAAUUUAUCACGUGCAAGACCCAGACCCCUAGCUCCUUUGGACAUUUUUAUUAUGCCCCCUAACGUGGGCAUAUGAAAAUCGCACUGUCUGUGUGUGUGUGUGCGUCCAUGUAAAUUCUUGUCGGGGCUGAAACUUCAACAUACAUAGGAUUUGAAAAUAAUUUGACACAAAUAUUGAGGUGUGUCGCGCUUAUGACCCGGGUCUAGGUCAUUCUCAGUAAAAUAGACCAAAAGUAAGACUUGCUCAACAGAAGAUUAAAGUUCAACUUUUCAAGUUUAUUUACAAAAUGCUUCAGGCCUUUGGCCUUUACAUGUACAUUAUAUGCAAUUUCAAUAUAGUCAUCAUUUCAUACUGCAGAAUAAAACUGGAGAGAGGCAAAAUAAAAUUACUUUGCUUUAAAGUGCUUAGGGUCAGGCACUGCUGUAGAUUUUUGAAUAAGCUUCCAUUAUAAGAAAAU